AGUACAUUGUAAAAAUAACAAGCCCUCAUUAAUACAUUGAACCAGGUCUGGGAAAUAAAAUGAAGGUCAUUUUCAGAAGGGUCUCAGGAUUUGAACUCGGGUUCACUUCUCCUUCCUCUGCAUUCUGUUGUCUCCUAAUUCCCACCAUCAAUCAUCUCUCCGAAGUCCUACCUCUUCUCUUCUGGGGAGGAGAACCACGAGAGGACAGCGGGAGGAAAAACAAAACAAAACUAGAAGAAGGAGGAGGCAGGUUUCCAGAUUGCCCUCCUAGGGAUCCUGGUCCAGUGAUGGAGGGGGGUGCGGAGGGCAGGAGAAAGAAGAGGAGACCCGGAUGCCGCAGGAGGGGCUGGAAGCUGCCGGGCUCAGACAUAUGCAAUCUGAUGGAUUCAGAUAAAAGCCCAGAUUUUGUGGAGAAAUUGGCUCACAAAUACAAGCAAAAAUGCAAAAUCGAGUCAAGUACUGAUUCUGAACCCGAGACCAAAACAGAGGGUACCUUCACAAGAGGAUUCUUUAAAAAAGCAAGUGACAUGAAACUUCAAGGCGAGCACAAAAAGAAUCGCAUGGAAUUUGCAGAAGGUUUCUUAAGAGAGUUUUUAGAUCCUUAUGAUGGUGACUCUGAGGAUAUACCCAAUUAUUCAGACUGUAGUUUGAAUAAUUGUUCCCUUGGGGACAUGAGCUACAGUGGAAUUUCAAAUUCACUGAAUGUCCCUGAAGAAGUUGCUAUAGAAGACUCUACCUUUCUGAAAAGUCCAGAACUUGCCAAAUCUACUAACUGGGCCUCUCCAGUGUUAGAAUCAAAUGAUGUGUACAUGCAGCCAUUGAAUGAAUUAAAAUUGCCAGUAGAGACCAUCAGUCAAGAGGCAAGACUUUUAGAGCCAUCUGAAUUGUCUGUGGAUUCUAGAAUAAUUACUGAGGUGCAAGGGCCGAGAUUAGAACAUUCCUGGUUCAUGAAUAUUGAUCCUCCUAAACCUGUAAGGCACUUGGAAAACAUAGCAAGAGCGCCCUCGCAGCCUGCCAGACUCAUGUAUGAUAAGGACAUUAAGAUGUACAAACCACUACUGUUCAAGAGAAAACUGGAACUCCCACAUUCAGAGUCUGAAAAAAUUAAAAGAAAGAAACAGCAUUUGGCAUAAGCUAAGCUGCAGCUGGGACUCAAGUUUUCAUCAUUGGGUUCAGUGACCUCAAGCCUUUCUUGGUUUCAGGAACAAAUCACCUUUUCAAGUGCCAAUAAAAUGAAGCCAAUUAAAA